UCAAUCGUAUUACAAAUUUCGUUUUCCCACUUUGAACAUAAAAUUCAGCGGGGGUUUGUGACUAAGGCAUUACUUCAAAUUUUGAGGUCUCUGCAUUCGCAUUCCUUAACGAACGACAACAACAACCUUGUAUGGAGCUAAGUUGCAACACCAUCGCAUGUUUUUGAGUUUACCGUCACCAUCACCACUGUUUUCCAACAUGUCAAAGCAAAAGGAGAACACGGAAAGGAGCGUGAGCAAAGCCAAAAGGGCACAUCCAUUGGCGGAAGCAGUGGAAGACAUCGAAGACGCACUAUCCUUCUCCAAAGACGAGACUCGCAAACUGAGAGUGUCUCUUUUGGAUUGGUACGAUCUCAACCGCAGGGAACUACCUUGGAGAACACAACACCUUGAACAAGAAAAGGAAGAAGAAGUUGAAAGAAGAGCUUAUGGGGUGUGGGUUUCCGAGGUUAUGCUUCAGCAAACAAGGGUUCAGACUGUUAUUGCCUAUUACAACCGUUGGAUGCAAAAAUGGCCCACCAUUCACCAUCUUGCACAAGCUUCUCUUGAGGAAGUAAAUGAGAUGUGGGCAGGUUUGGGCUACUACCGAAGAGCUCGUUUUCUUCUAGAGGGGGCAAAGAAAAUAGCUGCAGAAGGAGGCAAAAUUCCUAAUGUGGCUUCUAUGCUACGAAAGAUUCCUGGAAUUGGAGACUACACAUCUGGAGCAAUUGCUUCUAUUGCAUUCAAAGAGGUUGUACCUGUUGUUGAUGGAAAUGUUGUAAGGGUGAUUGCUAGACUGAGGGCUGUUUCUGCAAAUCCAAAAGACUCGGUAACCGUUAAGAGGUUUUGGAAAUUAGCUGCUCAGUUGGUUGAUCCUGUUCGUCCUGGGGACUUCAAUCAGGCUCUCAUGGAACUUGGGGCAACUGUAUGCACCCCUUUGAACCCGAGCUGUUCCUCUUGUCCAGCGUCAGAAUUUUGUCAAGCACUAUCAAUGGCUAAAAAUGAUAGUACUGUAGCAGUUACAGAUUAUCCUGUUAAGGGUGUGAAGGUUAAACAAAGAAGUGAUUUUUCCGCUGUAUGUGUGGUUGAAUUAAUUGGAACUGAAAGAUUGUUGGAUAAAAUCCAGUCUAGCAGCAAAUUUAUUCUUGUCAAAAGACCUGAAGAAGGAUUGCUUGCUGGUCUCUGGGAGUUUCCAUCUGUCUCACUUGAUGGAGAAACAGUUCCAACAGCUAGAAGAGAAGCAAUGGAUUGCUUCUUGAAAAAGAAUCUCAAAAUUGACAUCAGAAAGACUUGCAAUAUAGUUUUGAGGGAAGAUAUUGGGGAUUUUGUUCAUAUUUUCAGCCACAUUCGCCUCAAGUUGUAUGUUGAAUUGCUGGUGUUACAAUUGAAAGAAGGAGGAGUAGAUGAUUUGAUCAAAAGCCCGGACAAUAAAACUACAACUUGGAAGUGUGUUUACAGUAAUGCGCUUUCUAGUAUGGGACUGACGAGCAGUGUAAGAAAGGUGUACAACAUGGUUGAAAACUUUAAGCAGAAAAGUCUUCCUUUUAACCACUUUCCAACCAAAAAGAGAACUAGAACGACGAAGAGAAACUAGCCUAGUGAAUCAGAUUUGCUACAUUAUGCUUACUACUUUCUGUAAUUAAAUGGAAAAACGGUGCAAUAGUUGCAUUUUAUUCUUAGUAGACUGCAUUGUUAAUUGUUUAAGGUUUUUUCCUUUUGAUAUGGAAAGUAUAGCAAUCCGAGAGAGUAAUAAUAUUCUGAUACUCAAAUAUUUUAAAUA